CACGUGGCGAGGGGGGUGUCACGUGGGUAGGGGGGGUGUCACGUGGGUAGGGGGUGUCACGUGCUGUUGUUGCUGCUGCGGCAGCGAUGGCGGCUGAGGGGUGGGAGUUUGACCGCUUCGAUGACGGCUCCGUCAAGGUGCUCGGGGAGGUACAAGUCAAAAAGUUUGGUCGCUUCCUCGAGGACUAUGUGUCGCAGCUGAAGGGGAUAGAGGAUGCCCUGGAUGACUCCAUCGGUGACUCCUGGGACUUCACACUCGACCCAGUCGCCUUGCAGCUUCUUCCAUAUGAACAAGCAUCACUGUUGGAACUUAUAAAGACUGACAACAAGGUUUUGAAUAAAGUUAUCACAGUAUUUGCAGCCAUUUGCUGUGAGAUUAACAAGUUGAGGCAUGAGGCAGAAACAACAUUCUACAAUGGACUUCUGUUCUAUGGAGAGGGUUGCCCCGAGGGUGGCAUGGAAGAAGGAGAGGCACAAAUCCAAAUGGGACGAAUGAUAGCUUUCCUGCAGGAGCUGUCCUGCUUUGUGAAUCGCUGCUACGAGGUGGUUAUGAACGUCGUGCACCAGAUGGCAUCGUUGUACUCCUACAGCAAAACCGCACCGAAAAUAAUCAACGUAUCAUCAGUACACUUCCAGACUGUGUAUGAACACCUUGGGGAUCUCCUGAUGGUGCUGGUCACAUUGGAUGAAAUAAUUGAAAAUCAGUCAACCUUGAAGGAUCACUGGACGAUGUACAAAAGGCUGCUCAAGUCCGUGCAUCACAACUCCAGCCGCUUUGAGGUGCAGGUGGACAAACUGCGGCCGCUGGAGAAGCUGCUCAUGAAGUUGGAGGCACAGCUCCUGGACGGCCUGAUCCUGCAGAACUGCAUCGAGCAGCCGUUUGACAACGGGACAGUUCUUGUCUCAAAAAACAGUGCCUUCGCUGAGGAAUUCACCCAGAACAUUCGGAACAUGUUCGCCGCAUUGGAGUCGAAGCUUGGUGAGCCCAAUGAGAUCGAUCCGAGGGAGAGGUACGUCGGCACCUGCUGCCUGUUUGUCCUCAACUUCCAGAUCUUCAGGACUGUGGACAAGAAGUUCUUCCGGUCCCUGCUGGAUGUGUACAAGAAGAUGCCAGCAGUGACGUUGGUGGCAAACGUGGUGUGGUUUGCGGACAAAUUUCUGCUUCUGCGCGUACAACCGGCUGACAAGCAGUUGGUGGAGAAAAAGACUCUGCAGGCGGUGCCAGUGCAGAGAGAUGCACACCUGCAGCAGAAGGCUCAGACUCUGCCCAAAGACGUGCAGUCCUACUACUUGAUCGUGAGUGCCUGGAUGACAAAGAUGGAAUCGGUCAUGAGCAAAGGACAAGUCUCCAGUGAUCUGACGAACCGCUGUUCUCUCUUCAUCCAGGGGAUUCUCUAUGCGUUCAACUUGAGCAACAUCGUGCGAACCACCAUGAAUCUCCAUGCCACGCUGCAGAAGCCCAUGACGAAGACCACUGUGAAGGCUCUGUGUCGGCUUGUGGAGCUCCUGAAGGCCAUAGAAUUCACCUUUCACCGGCGGACAAUGAUGGUGGCUGAGUGCGUGUCGCAUAUAACCCAACACUUGCAGUACCAAGCCCUCACUGCCAUUGCGUCUGCUAAGAAACGCGUUGUCUCGGACAAGAAGUACAGCGAGCGCCGUCUAGACGUCCUGUCGGCGCUCGUCCUUGCAGAAAAUGCCCUCAAUGGCCCGGGCACCAAGGAGCGACGCCUCAUCACUGCGCUGGCUCUCAGCAUUGGCACACAGAUGAAAAUUUUCCGGGAAGAUGAGCUGCUGUCCCUGCAGCUUGUGAUGAAAAAACUGGAUUUGAUCAGUGAUCUGCGGGAGAGGCUGCAUUCACUCUGCGACUGCAGCUUCCUGUACUGGCACAGAAGUGUGAUUCCCAUCUAUCUGGACGACGUGUUUGAUGGCGCGAGUGAUUCAUCGCGUAUGCACUACAUGUUUGCAGCUCUGAGAGACUGCGUGCCGCCCAUGACGUACAUCCGUCACCUGGACUCCCCCCAGCCGCUGCUGGAUGCCUUCAACAAGGAGAUCACCCAAGUCUUCAAGGAGCACUUGCUGGACAAGCUGUGCAAGGAAAUAGAGAAGGACCUCCGACUGUCCGUGCAUACCCACCUCAAACUGGACGACCGCAACCCCUUCAAGGUGGGAAUGAAGGACCUGGUGCCCUUCCUGGACAUCAGGCCCGUGCGCUUCUUUAACCACUUCAUCAACAUCAAAGCGUACGUGACACACUACCUGGACAAGACAUUCUACAACCUCAACACAGUGGCGCUGCAUGACUGGGCCACCUAUAGCAAGAUGCGAAAUCUGGCUACGCAGCGCUACGGUCUGGAUAUGGCUGAACCACACCUCCCCAGCCAGACAUUGGAACAGGGACUCGAUGUUCUGGAGAUCAUGCGAAACAUUCACAUCUUUGUGUCCAAGUAUCUCUACAACCUCAACAAUCAGAUAUUCAUUGAGCGAUCCAGCAACAAUAAGCAUCUGAAUACAAUCAACAUCCGGCACAUUGCCAACUCCAUCCGAACCCACGGCACGGGCAUCAUGAAUACUACGGUGAACUUCACGUACCAGUUCUUGAGGAAGAAGUUCUUCAUCUUCAGCCAGUUCAUGUACGACGAGCACAUCAAGUCGCGGCUUAUCAAGGACAUUCGCUUCUUUAAGGAGACAAAGGACCAGAGCAACCCAAAGUACCCGUUUGAACGUGCAGACAAGUUCAACCGCGGCAUUCGCAAGCUGGGGGUGAGCUCGGAUGGACAGAGCUACCUGGACCAGUUCCGUCAGCUCAUCAGUCAGAUCGGGAAUGCCAUGGGCUACGUGCGUAUGAUUCCGGUCUGGAGGACUCCACUGCUGCAGCAAUGCGAUCAGGAUGAUGCCUUUGAUUGGAAUGGCUUUUCAUUCAUUGCUGGUUUUGCGCUCUACUUUUUCGAGCAGCAAGUGUAA